AAGAUCAAUCCCGGUCGGUAGGACGGGCACGUUGACGCAGCGCGGGUCUGGAGUGGCGACAUGUGGCGUGCGCCCGCGCCAGUCGCCCGGCCGCCGCGCUCGCACGAUGCUGCGUUUAUCCCUUCUCGUGAUCUUCCUUACGCACCGCAUCCGAACCGCUCAUGUCACCGACACGCCGUUUUCGAACCGUUUCGACAAACUUUACCAAAAACUAGACAAGUUAACCGCCGCCCCGGACCGAUAUUCCGAGCCGUCUCCGGAAGACAAGUUGUACGAAAAAUUGGAUCGAUUAAAUGCUAUUCGGUUGUCCCCGGAACGUGAGGAGUUGACCGAUGAGGAUGAGGAGUUGUUGUCUGCAAUGAAGGUGUGGGGAGGGUUGAGUGCGGAGCAGAUGGAUGGAGUGGUGAAAGACUUGCAGAUGAUGAAGGAAGAACGGCGGGAGGAGGCUGGAGACCAGGAGUAUGCGGAGCCUUCUUGGGAUGAAGAGGAGUUCGUAGAAGGAGACUACCCGAUGGACGGCAACGAUGAUUGGGAUUCUGAUGACUUGCCAGACUCCAGUUCCACCUCCAAGCCUCAGAUCCUGGGAGUGACUCCAUCAGCCAUGUCCAGGUUAGGACCAGUGAAGACCGUAGUCGUAUCAGCUGCCGAGACAAUAGCAGCUACCAACGCGAGACCCAGGAUCCUGGAUGACCCCCUUACUCCGGUUGAAAGAGCAGCCCUUCGGAAGGCAGCGUAUAGGAGCAUGAACGACUUGUUGAAGAACGGGAAGUGCGUGGACCCUCAGCCACGCUGGAUGAUCGUGAGGCAGCUGGCCCCGGCUGCUGAUACUAGGUAUUUGCCGCCAUGCGUACAGCUGCACCGAUGUGCUCCGGAUUCUGGCUGCUGCGUCAACGAGAGUGAAGUCUGCGCCCCGAUUGAAGGCAAGACAGUCGUCUUACCAUUCUACCUUCACAAAGCGACCGGAUCAAUGAACGUGGUGAAGAUGCAGUUCUUCAACCACACUCGGUGUGGAUGCGUCUCUCGAGGCACACUACAGAUGACGGUCACCACUGCAGUGGCCAAACCUAGCGACGGAGACAGCCAGGAGGAGCUGGAGAGACCCUCACGCAGAGCCAUGGCGGAGAGUCAGAACGACUGGAGAGCACCCACCGAAGAACCUCUCUUGGAAAAGAACGAUGAACCAACUGCGCCUCCCCAGUUACGCAGAUGUACAUGUCCAGCUCUAUUCCUGGCCAGCAUGACGGAGUACGAGCCUUGUUCAUGUGUCUGCGACUGGCCAGAUGCAGCCCGCCGCCGAGACUGCCAGUACCUCGCCAAGGGGCGAGAGCAUUUUGGUCUUCGAGACAGAUUCUGUGUGGCUCGAGGAGACUGCACACCACCCUCCUGUGAAUAUGGCGCCUACGACAGAACUGUAGGCAAAUGCCCCCUGCGAAGGUAUAGAAGAAUGAGGUACCACUCCCGAGGAAGAUACCAAGAGAAGACCAUGGUGGUGUGAGCGAACCAAGAAUGUAUUUGGUUAUAUGUAUUCUACUGUAUUAUGCCAGAUUGCCAGCAUUUAGGGGAUAUUCGUGAUCGUCUUGAUUUUUUGCAUUUAGACUAAGUACCUAUUUGUAAAGUCUGAGCAAAUUGUAUCUCUGUGGUGUAUUCUGUUUUAUAAAGCCACCCAUAUUGUACAAAUUAUGAGUAGACGAUCUACAACUUUAAUGAAACCUUUUCAAAUUAUUUUUAUAAUAACUAUCGUGAGACAUACUAAAUUAGCUAAAAAAUCACGGUUUACUCACAUACGUUAAUGGAGAAUUAAAGCUCUACUAGCGUGUUAGUGCUAGCUAGCGUGCGCAGGCGCGGCAGCGUCGUCAGGCCUACUCCGCGAAAGAGUCCCUUUGUGACUUGAAACCAGUAGAGCUUUUCAAAUUGUUAUCAAAGAAUAGUUUAGUAGCUACCUAAUUUACUUUACAUAGUAGAAUGUUGUUAGUCGACAAUAAAAAUAUUUUAUUUCUUGAUAAAGAUUAACGAACUGUAUGAAAGAAUUUUGUGCCCAAAUGCAUUAAAUUUGAAGAAGUCCCCUAUUUGUGUAUGAGUUCGUAGCAGCAUAAUACCCACAUUCAUAUUACUUUAAUUGUGUACAUGUAUUUAAAUAGUAAGUUUAAUUAUUAUGUACCUAUUGUAUGUACAAAAUCGCCUCCGACCCGAGAGUGUUUUGGAAAUAUCGCCUUGUUUGGACUUUUGAUCGAAAUUCAAUAAUGUUAGAUACUAUAUCUCGUCUAUCACACAUAUUAAAUUAACUAAAAAUCACGGUUUACUCACGGAGCCUCUCUCUAUGAAUAUACGUGAGUAAACCAUGAUUUUUGGUGAAUGUUAGAUUUUGUUCAAAUGCUAUCAAUUUAUUUUGUAGUACUUAAAUACUUUUUUAUAGAUUGUGCUAAAUAAACUGGAAAUCUGAUGGUCACUGGUAUUUGAACCAUUAAUAAGAAAAAACAAAGUUAUUUUACUACUACUAUGUAUAAUCAAACCAGAAUUAAACUAUAGUCAGUAUCUGAUAUAUUUUUUUGUUAAUCGUCGAGAUAACUGUCCUACACACAUACACUUUUUUGUUAAUCGUCAAAAUGUCUUAUACAAAACUUGAGAAUUUUCAAUGCAAUUUUUGCCUGAAUUUCACGCCGGUUUUCUGUAAGGCCGUAGUCCGAGGGCCGAGUCAGCCCAUUCGUGACGAAGCAUGGGUCUCCUACAUUUAUGAUCGCAGUACUCCAUACAUUUAUACUCCGUGUCUUGUUAUUGACAGCAUUUUUAGGAUUCCACCAUGUUUUGUGUUUAAUAAUUAUCGUGAGACAUUAAUAAAUUAAUUGAACUUAACUACAUAUGUAGUUAUACUAUUUACUCACGUCGCAAAUGCAUGGUGCUUCUCAAUAUAAGACCCGGUGUAACUCGAAACUAGUAGAGUUUUUCUCGAACCAGUAUCAUGAGUAUACUGUAUAAUAUUUCAAUUAGUCCACCACCUUUGCUAUUCAGUCAGACAAUCGUUUUAUUAAAUUGAAUAAUUCAUUCGAUGAAAUAUUUUUUAUGAAGCAUAAUAUUUUUCAUGAAACGUCUUUUGACAUUAAGUGAUUUGAUUAUUAUUUUGUAAGAUUUUAUAUUUAAGUUGUAAAUAAACGUGGAUUUGAGGAGAA